AUGACCCGCCAAUCUUCGGCGAGCUUCGCGCAGUUCUUUCCUGCAGCCCCCCGCGUUGCUAAGGACAGAGCCGAGCGAGAGAAGGCAAAGGCCAAAACGACUCAAGAUACGACAGGUUCCUUGCUCGCCGGUCCGAAGAGCAUCAGCACCCCUUUGCCCAACGGCACGAGAGGCGAGAGAACGUUUGGAGCUGAUGGCCUGCUUUCCGACAAUUCGCAGCAGCCACCCGACGGCCGCGAGUCGCCCAUAGGGGAUACUCUCAAUACUGUUGGAUCCGCGAGCUCCUAUGAGAGCACUGGCUCCUCCGUUUUUAGCACGACUGCCCGGCAGGCUGUUCCCAACGGCACAUCUCAUAUCCCUGCAACCAGCGGCACGCCGCUCACCUCCGUUGAAUCACCCUCGUACACAGGCAAUGCUGGCCUGCCGAAGACGAAUAUGCUACAAGCACAUAACAUCGAUCGGGAUGAGGCAUCGGCCUCUCGCAAUACCCCAACAUCCCGCCUCAAUAGCUCACUCCCAGAGCCAUAUCCUCCGAUUGAGCGCACUCUUGCGCGAGAUCCUACCCGAUCCCGAAAAGGCCUCAAGUGCACGUAUGAUCCCAACAACGAUCGGACCCUAUCGAAGCACGACAAGAAAGAUGCCAAGCCGGUAUAUAAGGAGUUUGGACUGGAAGAUGACGCCCCCCCUCCAGAUCCUCGUCUUGCAAAGGGCGGGCGCCUGGGUUACAUCAAUACCGAUUUUCAUCUUCCCAAGUCUCGCUUGCGACAAUCACCUUACAACUUGAGGCCGUACCCCUACGACCCCAAGACUUCCGUCGGGCCAGGCCCGCCGACCCAGAUUGUAGUUACUGGCUUCAAUCCUCUGAUCACCUUUUCCAAGGUGACGGCAGCCUUUGCGACCUUUGGCGAUAUCGCAGAGAGCAGCAACAAGAUGCAUCCCGAGACAGGCAGCUACCUAGGAUUCGCAACGUUCCGGUAUAAGGACUCACAUCCCAGCCGGUCGAGGCCAGCCCCCAUCAAGGCGAUUGACGCCGCGCGUCGGGCUGUCAAGUCGAUGCAUGGUCAGCGAAUCGAGGCGAACCAAAUCCGAGUCGAAUACGAUCCCGAAGGCAAGAAGAGUCGCCGCAUGCUGGAGGAAGCUCUCCAGAGAGACCGAGCCACGCAGGAUGCCUCCAUCGUGAAGGCGCCGCCAACAGGCCCUCGAGCGAUCGUGACCGAUAAGGUCCCUGGACCACCACCCAUGGCACCAAAGGGUCCAUCUUCCUACAGACAGGCCGUGGUAGGUGUUCCUGCCUGGGUCCCGAGCCAACCAAAGAUGCACGUAGCGGUUGAAGAGAAGGUCAUCGCAAAACAGCUUGCAAACGAGCCCUACAUCUUCGUUGCGCACGAGCACGUUCCUGUUAUGGUUACGACAAUCCCUCACAUGAAAAAGCGGCUUAAGGCGUUCGCUUUGGAGGAUAUUCGCAUUGACCGGACUGGCUACUAUAUCAUGUUCCCCAAUUCGUACCACGGCCGCAAUGAAGCCAUGAAGUGUUACAGGGCUGCUAAUCACACCGACCUGUUCACCUACAACAUGGUAAUGCAGCUUUCCCUCCCUCCUACAACCAGCCGAGACUCCGAAUCUGCCGCCCCGCCUCCCCGACGACGGACCCCGAGCCCCGAACGGAAGCGCCGAAGCGAUUUGCGACUGCGAGAGGACAAGGAUCGCCGUCGCCGUGAAGAAGAGGCAGACAUUGAGGAGGAGAAGCGGCAGAGAGCUAAAAACUUUGACCCUGUUCUCGAGGCCUGCGAAGUCGUCACCCGGGAAUUGGCGGAGCAUCUGAUUAAGCACAUUCGUACGAGAGUUGCUGCACCGACUCUGACCACUUUCCUGGAUCCGGCAAACCACGUUACAAAGCGAAGGCAGCUGCAUCUGGAAGAUCCUGUUGGGUCGGUCCCGUCCUUUACCGUUGAUGCAGGCGAUGAGAGUCCCGGCGCCAGCACGCCCAACUCGGGCGCUGAUCCCAUUGAGCGUCGUACAGGCCGCCUGGAGAUAUCGGCGUUGCCACGUAUUCGUAAGGCCAAAGCCACUGCCCUAGGAGCAUCACGUAACCACGGCUUUACGGAUCCCUUCUCACGCAAGCGGGUGCCGCAAGGCCGCAAUGCGUUCCGAUCGCUGCAUCAUCGCCUCAAGAGCUAUGACAGUGACGCUGAAUCCGACGAUGAGGCGGCAAUCAGAGAGUCUUUGGCAAGAGAUACUGAGGAGCCCGAUUCUAGGCCGCGCAGCCGCAUGAGCACAGAUGACGAUGUUAAGGAUGACUUUGCCUCUUGGGGCCCCGCAGAGGAAGACUCCAUGACCGAGGCAAGCUUUGCCGUUGGCGACAAUCUGACCUCGACGAAGAAGAGGAAACUCGAUCUUGAGGUCCAGUCAGCAAUCAAACGCCAAAAGAAGUCCGAUGAAGAACUUUUUGGGGUUACGCUGGACAAUGUGGAACCCGAGUUACUGGUACACGAGAUCUCAGAAGAGGCUACCCCCGACGUCGAUCUGCUCGAUGCGCAAAGCACACGGUCCGAGACCCCGCUGUCGACCACCAAGGGUACGGCCAAGAAACUCAAAUCGAAGAAGAAGUCGAAGAAGCAAAUCUUCGAGGAACGAGAGGCCCUCAAGAAGCAGCACAUCCCAAUGCCAACGGAAGUGGAAGAAGAUGUACCCGCCCCAACCAAGCUUUUGCCAGAGGAGGUCGAGCCGGUACCGGUAGAAACCAAGGGAGAAGAGCCCCAGCCCGAGCCGACAAAGGCAGAUCCGGCCCUGUUCUCGACCACGCCUACUCCCGCCCUUGAUCUGUCCGGCGACUUCAAGCUCAGCAUUUCUACGUUACAUGAACUCUCGCUGUCUGCUUGCGACAGCCCUGACAUCGCUAGACUUCGGAAGAGAUUCGCUGGGACAGACCUCGGGGAUCCACUUCUCUGGUUAUGGCGGCGUAAUCGCGUCCGGGAACUUAACUCCCCGUCUGGGUCCGUUGACCAGGCCGUGGGCAUUGAUGGCUACUACGUACCCAAUUCCACCGGGGCUGCACGGACCGAGGGGGUCAAGAAGAUCCUCAACGCCGAAAAGUCCAAGUACUUGCCUCAUCAUAUCAAAGUCCAGAAGGCGAGGGAAGCACGUCAGGCCAAGUACCAGAAAGACGGCAAAGAUGCCGCAGUCGAGGCCAGCCGGCUCACUGUGGCAGAAAAGGCUGUCGCCAAGGGCAACUCGAGAGCCAACCGCGCCAACAACCGCCGUCACGUGUCGGCGCUCCAGGACGAGAAGAAGAUAUCGGGCGAUUCUGACGCUUUCAAAUUCAACCAGCUCAAGAAGAGAAAGAAGCCCGUCAAGUUUGCCAGAUCUGCGAUUCACAAUUGGGGCCUAUACACGGAGGAAAAUAUCAACAAGGACGAUAUGAUUAUUGAAUACGUCGGAGAGCAAGUCAGACAAUCCAUCUCGGAGAUCCGCGAGAAGCGCUACCUCAAAAGCGGUAUGGGCAGCAGUUAUUUGUUCCGUAUCGACGACAACACAGUUAUCGACGCCACAAAGAAGGGAGGCAUUGCUCGAUUCAUAAACCAUAGCUGUAUGCCCAACUGCACAGCUAAGAUCAUCAAGGUCGACGGAAGCAAGCGAAUCGUCAUCUACGCUCUCCGCGACAUUGGUCAACAUGAGGAGUUGACGUACGACUACAAAUUCGAGCGUGAAAUCGGAAGUCUGGACCGCAUUCCCUGUCUGUGCGGUACGGCGGCGUGUAAAGGGUUCCUCAACUGA